AGCGCAUCCACGCAUCACUUUGGCUCUCGUUUCCCCGACAUCCUCCUCCUCCUCCUCGGGCUGGAGCUCCAGUGAUGGCAGAGCGCAGGGCACAGCGGGUGAAAGUGGAGGAGGAGCUGCCGGUUUAUCUCGCCCGUCCUGGAACGGCCGAUCAGGUCCCCCGGCAGAAACGCGGCGGCUUGUUCUGCAGCGUGGAGGACGCGUUUGACAGUAAAACUAUUGAUUUCGAUGCCCUCAGCGUCGGACAGAGGGGUUCUCGCACCCCGAGGACCGUUAAGCGAGAGGCCGGUCAGGGGGAGACAGGGAGCCCAGCAGGUGCUGAAAGCCCCGCGGGAAACGACGCUCACAAAGUGCAGAUCUGCAGCAGCGGAGGGAAGGAAACGCUGCAGAACCUGGAGGAUGAAAAGAGCGACCGGCUUUUGAUCAAAGGUGGGAGGAUUGUGAAUGAUGACCAGUCCUUCCAUGCUGACAUCUACAUGGAAGAUGGCCUUAUUAAGCAGAUUGGGGACAACCUGAUUGUCCCAGGAGGAGUUAAAACCAUCGAGGCCAACGGAAAGAUGGUGAUCCCCGGAGGCAUCGAUAUCCACACCCAUUUCCAGAUGCCGUAUCGUGGAACCACAACUGUGGACGACUUUGCACAAGGAUCUAAAGCUGCUCUUGCUGGUGGCACAACCAUGAUCGUGGAUCAUGUGAUCCCGGAGCCCGGCAGCAGCCUGUUAGAGGCCUACGACCAGUGGAGGCAGUGGGCCGAUGAGAAGGCCUGCUGUGACUAUUCUCUCCAUGUGGACGUCACCCACUGGGACGACAGCGUCAAGCAGGAGCUGGACAACCUCAUUAAGGAGAAAGGUGUGAACUCGUUCCAGGUCUACAUGGCCUACAAGGAUUAUUAUCAGAUGAGCAACAGUGAGCUCUAUGAGGUCUUUACCUUUUUGGCAGAGAGGGGGGGCAUUGCCCAGAUCCACGCUGAAAACGGCGAGAUCAUUGCUAAGGAGCAAGGCCGGAUGCUGCAGAUGGGCAUCACUGGACCGGAGGGCCAUGUGCUGAGCAGGCCAGAGGAGGUUCAACCCUCACACUUUACUUAACUGCAU